ACUGCAAUUUUUGCAAUUAAGUAGUCGUCCUCCAAAAUCUCAUUCGCCGUAGCCGCCGCAGGCCGCCGCCGCCAUGUCUCCGACGCUCCUCCUGCUUCCCUCCUCCUCUGCUUGGAGGGUUCUCCACUCGCCGCCUCCGCAACAGCGCUGCUUCGCCUCUUCCUCGCGCGUCUCCAUCCCCCCGCGGCUGCGCCGCACCCACCUCGCGUGCGCCGCCGAUCCAAACGGUGCCGCCUCCUCUGGCCCUGGCCCUGGCUCUGGCUCUGCAAGCGACGCCACGGCCAAUCCAACCAACAACAACCUGCCCAAGAACCGGAGGGAUAUUCUCCUGGAAUACAUAAAAAACGUCCAGCCAGAGUUUAUGGAGCUCUUCAUAAAAAGAGCUCCAUCACAGGUUGUUGAUGCCAUGCGCCAAACGGUGACUAAUAUGAUUGGGACUUUACCACCACAAUUUUUUGCUGUAACUGUCACAACGGUUGCUGAAAAUCUUGCUCAGCUUAUGUACAGUGUCCUAAUGACUGGAUACAUGUUUAGGAACGCACAGUACCGUCUGGAAUUGCAACAGAGUUUGGAGCAGAUUGCUCUUCCUGAACCGAAAGAAGAAAAGGAUUCACCAGAUUAUGCUCCUGGAACCCAGAAAAAGGUAACUGGGGAAGUUAUCCGAUGGAACAAGGCCACUGGACCUGAAAAAAUGGAUGCUGUAAAAUAUAUAGAAUUGCUUGAAACAGAAAUCGAUGAGCUGAGCCGUCAAGUUGCUAGGAAAUCAUCUCAAGGAAGUAAUGAACUCUUGGAGUAUCUGAAGACUCUGGAGCCUCAAAAUUUAAAGGAACUCACGAAUACAGCUGGGGAAGAUGUUGUUUUUGCUAUGAAUGCAUUCAUAAAGCGUCUCUUGGCUGUCUCUGAUCCGGCACAGAUGAAGACAACAGUCUCGGAGACAAGCGCGAAUCAGCUAGCCAACUUGCUGUUCUGGUUGAUGAUCGUUGGGUACAGCAUCCGCAAUAUUGAGGUGCGGUUCGACAUGGAGAGGGUGCUGGGUGCUCCUCCCCCAAAGGUAGCGGAGCUACCACCUGGAGAGAACAUAUAGGCUCUGAAGAGAAGAGAAGAGAAGAGAAGAGAGGAUUGUUAAUUGUAGAUGGAGAAGCACGCCACGGCAAUUUCCUUUCCUUUGAAAAGUUGAGGAGCAUGAUUAGUGAGUGUAUGGACGAUCGGUGGUGGUUCAUUGUUUUUUAUUGAUGGCAGGCAUCGAUUAGAACUUGUAGCAUCUGUAAUUUUGUAUUGUAUACACCCCCAAAUUAAGACACAAGUUGGUUGGGGGCAAAGCAUACACAGAUAGAUGAUCUGUAACCUCUUUGGUCACAAAUACUUGACGUUUUGGUAGC